UUUGACAGAAGCAUACGGCCGACAUCUUUCUUUAUUCUGGGUGGAAAUAGUAACAUAGUUACGCCAUUAAAUGCGUUUAUGGAAACAUUUUUAGCGAGAAAUGUGCAUUUUACUUUCAUAAUGUUCGCUCGGUGAAUGUGAAGGAUGUUUGGUUUGAUAGUUAUGACGAAGAGGGAACGCUCCGUUCACUUGCAUGGACAUGGACUCAUCUGGCUGCGUUGGCGCGUUGACGCGUUGAACCACCACACAAUGAUCAAGCGUCAGGUUAGGCGCGCAGAAGAACCCUCGCGCCAGUUUCAAACACAACAACAAUUUCGUCUUCGAUUCAAUCCGUGUAUGGUUCGUUCUUUGAAUAUUCCGAUUUAAAACAAAAUCAGAAAAAACAAAAAAGAACCAUACACGGAUUCACGUCCAUUGUUUACUUCGGUGUUUUAAAAAAUGCCGGUCUUCGUUGGUCUUCCUGUUUAUGAAGGUACGGAUAACUCCGCCCCCUGCCCCCGGCGUAAAAGCGGUUCUAGUUCUAGCCCAGCUCUAAAGCGGGGCCAGAGUUGAACCGGUUUUUAGGGGCCGGAGCCGGUUCUUUGGCGGUGUGAAACCAAAGCCCUGGCCCUAGCUCCGAACUGGCCCGGAACCGGCCCCGAUUUUGCGGCGGUGUGAAAGGGGCAACUGUGAUAAUGCAGUCCAAAUUUGAAGAGGUGUAGUGGUUUUCAAUCAGGACCGAUUUGAAGAUUCUAAGUGGUUUUCAAGCCGAAUCAGAUGCUGCGAAUCGGAUGCCAACUUGAGCGUCGUUGCUUAAAGGAAAUAUGCAGGCUGUGUGGCCGCACGCAAAAACGUUAAGGCUACUUUAGACACUUGGGAGUUGUUAGGUAACAACACAGAGUUGUUGGUGAACUUGGGUCGAAUGGGCCCUCGCAACCACUGUUUGUUGUUGUGGUGGCCCGUAGGUGUGCGUUCUGUUUACCGUUGCUCGUAUCGAGUGGGUAUUGGCAACUCCUGUAACGUGGCAAAUGUGGAAGUUUUCGCAGAAAAGUCCUGCCCAACCAGUACGUCUGGAUUCAAAUCAUACUGUAUCAUGCUGGAUCUUUACCUUCAUGGUGAUAACAUAAAUAAGGGUCCAGCAGGAAGUAAGACCAACUGCCUUCAUCUCGCUCUCAACCUUUCUUGUGGUCAACUGCUAGCAUCCAUUUUUGAAAACCGAGUAGUGAGGUUCAUGUUUGUGAUUGAGUAUUUAAGUGAAGUUCUGAAGUUUUUAAGCGUCAGUGUAGAAUAGUUCCACGUUCAUAUCUCUUAUCUCCUCGCUGACCCGAUACGACUUGGACAUGAGGAAAAGCGUCUCGUCAAAGGAGGUGAGCCUCAUGGAGGCCUCCGGUCAAGAGGUCUCCGGUCCCGGGCAGGCCCCUGGUCCAGAAGCCUUCCGUCCCGGUCAGGCCUCCGGUCCCGGUCAGGCCUCCGGUCCCGGUCAGGCCUCCGGUCCAGGGCAGGCCUCCGGCCCCGUUCAGGCCUCCGGUCCCGAUGAGGCCUCCGGUCCAGGGCAGGCCUCCGGUCCCGGUCAGGCCUCCGGUCCAGAGGUCUCAGGUCCCGGUCAGCCCUCCGGUCCAGAGGUCUCAGGUCCCGGUCAGCCCUCUGGUCCAGGGCAGGCCUCCGAGCCCGAGCCCGAGCCCGCUCGCCACCAGGCCCCCCCCCUCCACCGGGCCGUGAAGAGGGUCCCCUCGGGGCCCCUGCAGCUGCCCAGGCUCUGCUCUAGGUCGUCCUGUAGAGAGGGAAGAACCUGGGCCUUCAGGGCCUCUCAGAGCGUUGGGAACCUCCUAAACUACAGCUCCAGAGCCUUUUUUGAUGUGGAGAAUGGGCUUUCGCCGGGACGCAGCCCCCUGGACCCCCAGGCCAGCCCCGGCUCCGGGCUGGUCAUCCAGGCCAACUUCCCCCACAGCCAGCGGCGCGAGUCCUUCCUUUACCGCUCCGACUCCGACUUUGACCUGUCCCCUAAGGUCCCGUCGAGGAACUCCUCUACAGCCAGCGACCUGGAAGACAGCUUGAAGCACUGGGAGGUCAACUGGUUGUCUACUCGACACACAGAAGACAUGAUUGUGACCCCAUUUGCACAGAUCCUGGCCAGCCUCAGGACGGUGAGGAGCAACUUUGCACUAAUCACCGGACAGCAGGACCGCUCGGCCAGCAAAGCACGGUCAUCAGGAAGCAACCCGCCAUCUAUGUGCAAGACCAGCCUGGCUGAGGAGCCUCAUCAACAGCUGGCCAUCGAGACCCUAGAUGAGUUGGACUGGUGUCUGGAGCAGCUGGAGACCCUGAAAACCCGGCACUCUGUCAGCGAGAUGGCUUCCAAUAAGUUCAAGAGGAUGCUGAACCGGGAGCUCACCCAGCUGUCAGAGACCAGUCGCUCUGGGAACCAGGUGUCGGAGUUCAUCUCCAGCACCUUCCUCGAGAAGCAGCACGACAUGGACAUCAUGUCCCCGCCCGCUAAGGAGAAGGACAAGAAGAAGCGGCCCAUGUCCCAGAUCAGCGGGGUGAAGAAGCCCACCCACAGCCCCGCCGUGGCCCCCACCACCAUCCCCCGCUUCGGCGUCAGCUGCGUCCAGGAGGGGCCCCUCGCCAAGGAACUGGAGGAUGUGAACAGAUGGGGUGUGGACAUCUUCAAGGUGUCUCAGUUCUCAGGAAACCGGCCCCUGACUGUGACCAUGUACUCUGUCUUCCAGGAGCGUGAGCUGCUGAAGUCGUUCAAGAUCCCUGCGGACACGUUCAUCACCUUCAUGAUGACCCUUGAGGACCACUACCACGCUGACGUGGCGUACCACAACAACAUCCACGCCGCCGACGUGGUGCAGUCCACCCACGUGCUGCUGUCCACGCCCGCCCUGGAGUCAGUGUUUACUGAUCUGGAGAUCUUGGCUGCUCUGUUUGCGAGCGCCAUCCAUGAUGUGGAUCAUCCUGGAGUCUCUAAUCAAUUCCUCAUCAACACAAACUCGGAGCUGGCCCUGAUGUACAACGACGUCUCGGUGCUGGAGAACCACCACCUGGCCGUGGGCUUCAAGCUGCUGCAGGAGGACAACUGUGACAUCUUCCAGAACCUCAGCAAGAAGCAGCGCCAGUCGCUGCGCAAGAUGGUCAUCGACAUGGUGCUCGCCACAGACAUGUCCAAACACAUGAACCUCCUGGCCGACCUCAAGACCAUGGUGGAAACAAAGAAGGUGACCAGUCUGGGGGUGCUGCUGCUGGACAACUACUCGGACCGCAUACAGGUGCUGCAGAACAUGGUGCACUGUGCGGACCUGAGUAACCCCACCAAGCCUCUGGAGCUGUACCGGCAGUGGACGGACCGCAUCAUGGUGGAGUUCUUCACACAGGGCGACCGUGAGAGGGACAAAGGCAUGGAGAUCAGCCCCAUGUGCGACAAACACAACGCGUCCAUCGAGAAGAACCAGGUGGGCUUCAUCGACUACAUCGUCCACCCGCUGUGGGAGACGUGGGCCGACCUGGUGCACCCCGACGCCCAGGACAUCCUGGACAUGCUGGAGGACAACCGCGAGUGGUACCAGAGCAUGAUCCCCCACAGCCCCUCGCCGGACCCCCAGAGCCUGGAGAGGGAGCCCGGCCUCCCCCAGGCCGGGGCCUCCGCCCUCCCCGGCCUGUCCGGCCUGGCCUCCGUGGAAAAGUUCCAGUUCGAGCUGACGCUGGAGGAGGAGGAGGGGGAGUCGGACACAGAGAGCCCACUGGGGGAGGAGGAGGAAGAGGAGGAAGAGGGGGAGGAGGAGGAGGAGGAGGAAGAGGAGGAGGAGGAGGAGCAGGGAUGCAGGGGAAGGGGAGCCCCGGUGCGCUCCAGGACGGGGUCGGGCAGAGGCGGCAGGCUGGCCCCCCAGCUGCCCCGCAGGACGUUGACCUCGGACUCUGAGAGGGGGCUGGCGGAGGAGGGGGGCGCGGAGCGGGAGGGGGCACCGCUCUUCAGGCUCGGAUCGUAG